AUGCGUGUUGAGAAUGGACCAGGAAACAUCAUGAGGAUAGAUUCCAAAAAGGAUUUGGGCACCUGGGUCUCCUCAAACUUGUCCUUCUCACUGCGCCAUGAGCAAUCGGCCCAAAAGGCAUUCGCCAUUUUACGGAUGAUCCGAUGCACCUUCUCCCGUAUUACUCGCAUGGACUUCCAAAUACUCUAUGGGGCCUACGUCAGAGCGCUCCUGGAAUACGCCAACCAAGUUGCCUACUCAGAACACACGAAAGACGUCACCCUCACUGAGCGUGUCCAGCAAGCCGCCACUAGAAUGGUUGCUAGCCUCAAAUCCGUGGACUACGAAGCGCGUCUCGCAAUGCUUGAUUUCUUUUCUCUAGAGUACCGUCGCCUCCGAGGGGACCUAAUUCUUACUUAUGCCCUGUCUGAACAAAGCUUGGCAAACAGUUUUUUCACUGUUGACCCGGCAAACACGCGGGGACAUAGCUCCGGGACAUGUGAGAGUAUACGGCUCUCCAAAAGCUUUCGUACACAAAGUGGUGUACAUCAGGGAUGCCCAUUCUGCCGGUUCUUUUUUAGCUUCGUGAUAGAUGAAAUAAUAAGAAAUAAUAAGGGUCUCCAGAACCCUGGUGUUCAAAUAUCCUGUGAAGAAAACCUUGUCGAUCUGGAGUACGUAGACGACAUCGUUCUCAUCUUCGAAGAGGGGGGGAAGGUGCGAGUAUUUUUGGAUGAAAUGACCAAAGUCAUCCCGUCCUUUGGUUUGCAAUUUGCACCCAAAAAGGUCAUGCUCGUCGACGUGCAGUCAUUGAACACGCCACUUACAAUCCAGGGAGAGGUAUUGGAAAUUGUGGAGCGUUUUACUUAUCUUGGAAGUUGUAUUAGUUCUGAUUGUAGUGUGACAGAUGAGGUGAAUGCACGAAUCUGCAAGGCUCGGAUAGCGUUUGCUAAUUUGAAACCCCUAUGGCGUCAGAAUGGUUUAUCCGUGAAUCUCAAUGGACGGAAAACUGUCGGAUCUAGCGGUACUCGAGAACUGGACUAUCCUUCGAUGCGAUUUCAUGCUGGCGGAGAACUGGAAGUCCACAAAUCGUUUUCACUUCCUCCUGAGCUAAUUGAAAAGUUCGCAGGUAUGUUUUUUUAUCCAUUUCUCUCUUUCACACACCCGACACUUCCCUCUUCGCCCAGGAAUGCAGAGCAAUUGUCUGAUGGGCAUAUUCACGUUGUGCAGUCGAGCUUGGGUGACGAUCGACAACGAACUGUUUAUGUGGAAUUACGAGGAUGGGUUUGUAUUAUUGAUUCAAAUGUUGAGACUGUUUGUUUUUACAGCGAUGAUCUGGCUUAUUAUGACGGGAUAAAAGAUACCAUCAUUUGUGUUGGAUUGGCACAGCCACGUGUCGGUGUUCUUCCCGAUCGAAUCCAGCAUCUUCUAUGCAUUGCUACUGCACUUGAACUGUUUGUUCUGGGAGUGACCUACUCAACUACGGCGGGGGCUCCCAUCGGUCAUCAUGGAGAAGUGUUGCACGUAUUACCAGACCCUCUUUACUGUUUGCCCACGGAUAACUAUACGGUAACGUGUAUGGAGUGCACGACCGAUGGAAGGAUGUUCCUUGGUACACAAGAGGGCUCUCUGCUAGAGCUAAACUAUUCCCCCAUACCCGGAUGGACAGGAGAUCCCUCGGUGCCCCUGAGCCGCACUGGUCCUUGUACACUCAUCAAUCAUUCGGCUUCCGCAAUUAGCUUACUGUUACCGGCCGUACUCACCACGGGAUUUCGGACGACAGAUGCCAUAUGCCAACUGGUAUCCGAUCCAACUCGUCAGUUGCUCUACUUACGUACCGAAAACUCCAACCUUGCGGUUUAUUCCUAUUCGAUCAAAGCAACCGUCGGUACAUCGCUGACACGAUCAGCUCAGCUAUCCAGUUCGGAUUUGGCCUAUACCGCGUCUGGCGUGGUCCGCUCGGUAGACAAGGCGCAGUUUCGAAGUAUUGCCUCCGUUUUACCGCUGUUUGGCGGCCCGUUCCACUUGAUGGCUGUUACGAAAACCGGGAUUCGAUUGUACUUUGGCGAGCAGUUGCGUCUGCUUCACAUCCGAUUGCCACCCACAUCUCCUUAUGGCCGGCUUGGUUUGGGAGAAGUUAAAUUGGUCGCCGAAACUCGUGGCACAGUAGUUCUCAUCUCAGCAUUGCCACCUAAUGCCGCAUCCAUUGGAACAGCUCGUCCUCUCCUCACCAAAACGUCGGAUACACAACCGUUCGUACCCGUUCCUCCCACGACGUUGAGUUCCCCGAUUUCUUCAGGGAGUGUGACUGGCGGGGAACCAGACACUAGUACACGAUCAUCGUAUGACGUACCGCCCAACAUCCUGUAUACCCUCAGUCCAGAUCCGUACCCAUGGACGCCCAAUCUGACCGAAGUUUGCACUACAGCUUGGUGUGUUGGUGGUGUCUGGGCUCUAACUGUUCUGCCCUCGGAUGAACCAGUCUCCCUUGAUUUCGCUUUUUCCAGGAACACGACUUCACCCUGUCCCCGUGGACAACCACCUGUUGUACUAACCCAACACCUCGAUCCUCCCUAUCGUCGUCUGCUGCUGAUAUCUGCUCAGGGUCUUGUACAUCUACGCCUUCCUAGCCCAAUCGUGAGGUUGAAAGAAUUCCUACUGCGUGAAGUGUCUUCACGACUGUUGAAUACCAGCGUCAACUUGUUUCCCGAACAACCGCCACUGUUAACACCAGGAUCCUUCGUAAAACAGACACCCGGUGUCAUGUACCCUUCUUUCGGUGACUUGGAUGAUGUGUCUCCGGAGUUACUGCGGAAUACUGGGUUUUUAUCAGCCUACUUGCAUCAGUUCAGUCCAGAUGAGGCUAUUUGUGCGGCACUCAUUAUCGGCUCAGCUCAUUCUAGUCUUGGUGAAUCGGACAAUCGUGGUCUCGGCGUGGCCGUUGAACAAGCCGUUCUGUUCUUCGCUGCGGAAGCCGCUCAGUUCUGGGUUCCUGCAGUGCGCCGCCCCAAUCCUGGUUCUGGUGCCCUCAUUCGACAAUCUGCGUUAACAAGCUCACAAGGCACAAGCCAACCGAUCGAUCGGGCACUAUUCAGUGGGAUGUUCCUCUUUAGCGGAAUCACCGUGUUCCUGGCUCGCAUGGCACGUACGUUUUGGCGCAGUCCGCUGUUUCGGGAUGCCAGUGCGGUGUCCAAUGGGUCCCUUGCCAAGUCAAACCAAUCCAGUGGCUUGAUCGGUUCUUGGAUGCGAAGCUUUGUCAACGUCCUUGCUUCUGCUUCUCCUCUCCGAGGCGGACGGUCUACAACGGAAGAAAAUAGACCGGUCAUUUCCCGUUUGGACCCCAACGAGAUCACAUGGUUGAUUCACCAACUGAGUUAUUUACAACGAUUUCUUCAACGCCAGUUGAAGCUACGUGGAGGAUGGCUAAGGGCCUCGACUGCUGGGUUAACCUCACAUCCGGAGAAAUCGGCAGCUGGCGAUGAAAGCUCGGAUCAGGUGGACGGGAUCCUGCUCCAGCGUUUAUCCGAAGAACUGGACAAACUUCUGGGUGCCAUGCUGGAAAUUUUGGAAUUUUGGCGUAUCUUUAGUGAACACGCAGUGCAUCGGAUUGCAGAGAAUCUGACGAGCGACCAACGGGCCCUACUACUCCAAGUCCCAUUUGAGUCAUACACUCUUUGCCUGCUAGAUUCUAGUCAAUCCACCGCACAGCCGUUGUUGAUACAAAAGGAGUUCACUACCCCAACUUCGCCAACAACCCCUCCUCACGCGUCGUUUGGUGCCAACGUCGGUUUAGAUUUAAUUUCCGCGCUAAUAAAUGCUCUGAUAGAGUACUACCUGACCGAAUCCGGACGGGAUGUGGACAGUGGUAUCAGUUUGGAUGUUAUAACCACUCGUCUGCGGUCCAACUGCCCGACUCUGUUUGCCAAUGAAGAUGCGAUCAGUGCCAAGGCUAGCGAGUGUUUGAUUCAAGCUAUUCUGUUACGCUCCACUCUUCCGACUGUGGAAGCCGAAUCACCGGUUGACGCCUCCGUGGACGACACCUUGUCUCGAAUUGACGAACUCAUCGCGAAUGCGCAGGAGCUGUAUGCAGAAGCUGGGCCAGGUCUUGAUUUGGAAGGAGCGGUGACACGUUUAGAGGCCUGUGGAGCGUGGCGCGGUGCCGUUGCUCUGUGUCUGGCAGUAGCCAACAAACGCGAUCCAAACGACGUGGCGGUAGAUUGUUUGAAAACUGGACGUCGUCCUUCCACAGAUCCGAUCGCGGUUGAUGGCAAACGUGGUGUUGUCGAACCCCGAAAUCGUCGACAGUUUUAUGCGCAGUCUGAGCUAUCUGCUACCGAGGGACGCUACGAUGCCUACCAUCAUGCAGUCAGAUGUUUUGAGCGACUGUGGGUACUGUGCCAGCUUCCUCCCAGUGCAACAGAUCUACUAAACCAAUCAUCCUUCACUGAUAUCAAACAAACCGCCAAGCUGGGAACUCUCUCCGGAGCUUGUCUACUGGAAGUGACUCCGUCGCCCAGCUCUGCCCGCACAUUGCUCUACUCCAUUCUUCAAGAGGAGGUUGUCCAAUCCACGGAUGUUCUGGCACAUUUUGAAGUGUUCAGCUGGCUGAUAUCUCAUGGGUUGACAGAUACCGCAGUGGCGCUCAACUCACCACACUUGGAAGCCUAUUUACGCUCGCGACUGCGCCAGUGUCCUGAUGACCCGGACCUACGAUGUUUGUUGUGGCGUCAGUUGGAGCGCCGUGGUUCUAGACUGGAAGCUGCUCAGGUACUAGAACAUUUGGCGGUGACCCCAUGUCGCAAACUGACACUGGAAGCAAGGUUGGACUUUGCAGCUCGAGCCAUUGUGACCGUGAGAGCAUUACCAAUUGCUCAACAGGAUGUGGACUAUUUGCAUGAUCUGGAAUCUCGCUUGGAAUUGGGCCAACUGCAACACCAGUUGUGUGUCGAAUUGAGCCAGUUGCUUGACUCUCGCCGUAGUGCUGCGUAUUCUCCCAGGCGCACACGAUCACCCCUACGCCCGGUGACCGAUGGAGAGUUGCAGGAGGCAAUAUUCAAGCUCUCUCAUGGUCCAUUGCUCAGUCUCAGUGAAAUGUUUACUGACUACGCGGACAAGUUUGGACUUCACGAAUGCAAGCUGGUCCUGUUGUGGGUUGGGGACUCCCAGGAUGCAGCGUUGAUCAAUGCGAUUUGGAGAGAUCUUCUUCGUUCCAUACUGAAUACAGCGGGUCCAACAUCUGCCUACAUUCCUGGUACUAAACUAAGCUCUCCCUUGCGUACUGUCGAUGCGGAAACUCGUCGGCGAAAUGUGGACUCAUCACACAAACUCGCGGAGCUUGCCAUCGUUGAUUGUCUGGCUCGAUUGGGGAAUCGGUUCUCUGUAGAUGGCAGUUUGUCCUCCAUCAAGUCCCAAACGUUCUUCCCCUUGGGUGAAAUCCUCUCCACACUAGAAUACUAUGCAGUUCAACAAAAGCUCCCCUGCACCUGGGUCCCCACAAUCCUACGCGAUACGCGGCUGACUUGUAGCUCAAGUAUUGUCGAAGCCUACGAUACGCUACUUCAUUCGAAAAACACUCUUUGGCGCCAUUCUGAUGUUCGCAGUCGUUUGUUCUCCGCUUUCGUUACCGUGAUUGAAGACUUCUUGAAUGUGGUCUCUAUUCAACUGCCCGCACGUCAGCGCAUGCUUCAGAUUGGUCGUAUCCUUGACCGGGUGACUAGUAAUCUGGUCGAUUUGAACUCCACCUCUACCAAGGAGUCUAAAGAUACUCAAACACCCCGGGUUAUUGAACGGCUUCGUCACGUGCACGAUCAGCUACAACGCUUCUACCGAUAGCGCACCGUAUGCAUUGUUCUUCGUGUAAAACUCAGUGUCACCACGCCAAUCCCACUCGUUUUUUUGCUAAUACAUGUAUA